UGCGCAAUCCGCGGGUUAGGAAAGGCACCUCACGUGUGCACCGUCAAGCACACGCCGCUCUGAAAACCCCAGGCACUGCCUGUUCGCCCUGCUGGCGGCUGAGCAAGGCCGGUGAGGAGGUGCCGGCAGAAUUUAAACCUGCUGGACCCGGGCGGGGCCGGCAGGGCGACAGGAAAGCCCUGGGGUAAGGGGUGGCGGCCCUGGGAGGAGGUUGGGCUGGAAGUCCAGGAAGAAGGUGACCGCGGGGCCGCAGCGGAGGCUAGGCCCGGGAGAGGAGGGGGGCGGCCUCUGCGAGCGAGCCCUUUCUCUGUCGCGCAACAGGCUGCCGGGUCCUUUCCCCGCCACCACCCUCGCCAACAGAGGCGGCGACGAGAGAACUCUGCGGUCUGAGCAGACUGCAGCUCUCAAGCCCUGGGUCCCCGCCCCUGGGUAACCCCUUAGGCGGCCCGGGGGCGCAGCGCGGGUUGGCGCUGGAGCAGACCCGUCGGCCCAAGGGUUAACGGGUGGCUCCGCCGCUGCCGCCGCGCGUGCCAUGCGGAAUCUCACCAGAAGAGGGGACCGCGGAGAAGCUCCUGACGUCAGGCUGGAAUUCCUACUGUGCUUGGACCCGCUCGGCACAGCGAGCGCAAGUUGGCUCUCCGCGCACCUCGGCGCACAGCGUGGGUCCGGCGGCCACACGCGCGCUCCGGGAAGAGGAAGGUGCUCGCGACCCACGCGGGGACCCUCACUCCCCCUAAUCCUGCUCCUGCGGCUGCGGAAGGCCGAUCCGAAGCCGCAGAUCGCGCCGCCUGAGAGCCGGGACCCGGACGCGUUCAAGUGCGUCAUCGAGGUGUACUAUUUCGGGGAGGUGCACAUGAAGAAGGGCAUCUGCCCCAUCUGCUUCAAGAGCGAGAUGGAUUUCUGGAAGGUGGACCUCAAGUUCCUCGACGACUGCUGCAAGAGCCACCUGAGCGAGAAGCGUGAGGAGCUGGAGGAGAUCGCGCGCCGCGUGCAGCUCAUCCUCGACGACCUGGGCGUGGACUCUGCCGAGGGCGGGUGGCGCCGCUGCCAGAAGUGCGUGUGGAAAUUCCUGGAGAAGCCCGAGUCCUCGUGCCCGGCUCGCGUGGUGGCCGUGCUGUCCUUCCUGCUCAUCCUGGUGUCGUCGGUGGUCAUGUGCAUGGGGACCAUCCCAGAGCUGCAGGUGGUGGACGCGGAGGGCAACCGCGUGGAGCACCCAACGCUGGAGAACGUGGAGACGGCGUGCAUCGGCUGGUUCACGCUGGAGUACCUCUUGCGCCUCUUCUCCUCGCCCAACAAGCUGCAUUUCGCGCUGUCCUUCAUGAACAUCGUGGACGUGCUGGCCAUCCUGCCCUUCUACGUCAGCCUCACGCUCACGCACCUGGGCGCGCGCAUGAUGGAGCUCACCAACGUGCAGCAGGCCGUGCAGGCGCUGCGCAUCAUGCGCAUCGCGCGCAUCUUCAAGCUGGCCCGCCACUCUUCGGGGCUGCAGACCCUCACCUACGCGCUCAAGCGCAGCUUCAAGGAGCUGGGGCUGCUGCUCAUGUACCUGGCCGUAGGCAUCUUUGUCUUCUCGGCACUGGGCUACACCAUGGAGCAGAGUCACCCCGAGACCCUGUUUAAGAGCAUCCCCCAGUCUUUCUGGUGGGCCAUCAUCACCAUGACCACAGUGGGCUAUGGUGAUAUCUACCCCAAGACCACACUGGGCAAGCUCAACGCGGCCAUCAGCUUCCUGUGCGGGGUCAUCGCCAUCGCCCUGCCCAUCCACCCCAUCAUCAACAACUUCGUCAGGUACUAUAACAAGCAGCGCGUGCUGGAGACCGCGGCCAAGCAUGAGCUGGAGCUCAUGGAACUCAACUCCAUCAGCACGGGCGACGGCAAGCCCGGUGGCUCCCGCAGCGACCUGGACACCCUGCCCCCAGAGCCCGCGGGGAAGGAGGCACCGAGCUGGGGCAGCCGGCUGAAGCUCUCCCACAGCGACACCUUCAUCCCCCUGCUGACGGAGGAGAAGCACCACCGGACCCGGCUCCAGAGCUGCAAGUGAGCGGGGGUGCCCGGCGGGGAUGCCCGGCGGGGAUGACAGGGCCACGCGGAUGGGCCAUGUGGCAGCAGAGGAGGAGCGAUCGGGCAUCCCCAGGCCUCCCGGAACACACCCAAGGGCCUCUUCUGCCGAGUGAGCGAGGCUGGGUAAGGGGGAGAGGCUGGGAGGUGGACACGGGGCCGCAGGGCAGCGAGGGCGCAUGGAGUGGCCCGGCUGGUGGUAGGGCCUGCACCAGUUCUGUGUCUCCUUCAAUAAAGCUCUCGCUGCGUGCA